AACACAAAUCUCAUCAUCUUCUUCAAUAAAAUCAAAUCGUUUGAUCUUCUUCAACGAAACCAAAAUCGAAAAACAAAGUGUAAUUAUAAGUGAAUCUCAUCUUAUCUCGCUCAAGAAAAUAAAAUCUAGGGUUGAGAUGAAAAGAAGAUGAAAAAGAAAUCAAUGUCAAAUCCCAAUUUCUCCUUAUUUUCUUUCUUUAAUGUUAUUAUCUCUGUUUUUUUGCUUCUACAUCUCUAUUUUCUGCUAUGUGCUAACGCUUAAUUAUAUAAGUUAAACUUUUGAUUGUUUGUAUAAAUUGAUAUGUAUUCUAGAUUUCAUCAAUUUCAGGUGAGAAAUACUUUUUUUGAAUGCUCGGGCGAAAUUCUAAUUCCUAAACGUGGGCAGCAACCGUCCAGAACAAAAGCUCUCAUUGGUAUCUGUGAAUUCGGUAUGUCAAAUUGAUUCGGUCAGUGUAUCAAAUAUGUGUUUGAAUUGGAAAUAGAAAUUACAUGAAAAUAGUGAUAAUUUUAAUACCUAUUUAUUUCAAGAUUAGGAUUAACCCUUUAAAAUUGAUUAAUUAUAUCCGUUUGGGGUUCAGAUCUCUAUUUUGAAAGACAAUUGCAUUGUGUUGGUGUUCUAAAAUAAAAAUCGUGUAUUUGAUCAAAUUUGUCAUUGUAAUACAGAAUAAUUUAUUUACAUUCAUUCGUAGCACCAUAUUUUCUUAACUUUUUGUUUGCCACAACCAAGAUUACCCAUCUCCUUUAAUUUCGAAAAUUAUCCCGACCGGUGAGUGUGAGGGUUAAAGUGAUAUGAGUAUCAAUUAUAUCAAGAAAAUAUUUAUUGAUAAAUUUGUAAGUUAUAAUUUCAUUUUUUUUGGUUGGUCUUUUUUGGUGGUGUUCAUUUCAGGCUGAAUGAAUUUAUUCUCUUUAAUUUGUAUAUUGUUAUGAGCUUAUGAAAGUAAUUUUAUUUUAAUUGAGAUGCUUCAUCUCUUAUUCACUGAAAGUGGUAACUAUUCAGGGUAAAGGUAAGUAGCCUCUGUUCUUAGUUAAUGCUCCUCCAUAUCGAAAAUGAAUCUAAUUUACAGCGCAAUUUCUGUAGAAGGCGAUGCUCUCCAUUAGAUGAUUUCCAGGUGAGAGACAGAGCUGCCAACCAGAAACCGAUUCUGGACUGUCUUUUCUGGAGCAGAGUGGAAGGGGGGUACUCGCUGGAAGGGAACUUCAAGAGGCGGUGGAACAUCAUAUUCAAGAGAUUUUUUUCAUGUUGAUGGAUACACAUUGGAGCAAUUAAUGUUGAUGCUAAUCAUUAGGGGUUUUCAUUUUGAAGAUGUCAAGAUGAUAGACAACUCUAGAUGUCAUCAAAGAAUGAUGAAGAACGACUUAGCUCGGAAUUUUUCUAAAUGGACUUUGCAAUUGGGAUAAAGAAUAUAAUCAUAUUCACACUUUUUAUGUGCUUGAGAUUACUUUGCUAUCCUAUAUAUGGGGAUCCUUAGUUGAUGAAUAUUUUAAAAUUUUUGAUCAUUUUCUUUUCAAGAGAAAUGAAAGUAUCGUAUAUCGUUUGUUCCAACACAUACGAGAUGCAGAGAGUGAGAAAAGUAAAUCUUAAGUCUUUUU